AUGGUAGUCGUUACAUUAGUUUUAACAACUGUCGGGGCUGCAAUUUGUAUUGCUGGUGGUAUUGCUAUGAUCGGUUCAACAGCUGUUGACACAAUCAAAGGUUUUAUACCAGAUAAAGAUGCUGAUAAAUCAGAAAUAAAAUAUUUAAGAUUCAAUGAUAAAAGACCAAAAGGUGGUUUUAGAUUAAUCCUUGUUAAUGAAAAGACUGGAUGGAAUAAAGCAGUUAGAAUUUACAUGAAACCAGGUGGCAGUGAUUACAGAGAAAUCAAAGCUGGUGAUAGUACUGGUAAACAAUGUAAAAAAAACACACAUUUAAAAUACGAUUCAACUAGAAUUGAUUUCCCAAAAGAUGUUGAAUACUUUACUCUUAAUUUAAUGAAACCAGGUGCUUUUGGAGUGUAUUCAACUGUUAAUGAAAUUAGAGUUAACAAAGAUCUUCAAUCAAAAUUAGAUGGUAAAACUCUUGUAAUUUAUUGGGAUAAUAAUGAUUCAAAAUAUUUCGAUAGACUAGAAAAUUUAGUUAGUCCAGCUGACAUCCUCUAA